AUGUAUGUUAUAUAUGUCUACUAUACUUUAUUCAUCAAUUUCCAUUUCAUUCAAGGGCCAUGUUUGUUUGAAUCUGGACUUAUUCCUGAAAAAUUCUCUUAUCAAGAUGACAUCAAGUGUCCGUCUUAUGGUAUUGGCCUAACAAAUAUUGUCAUGAGAACAACACGUGGUAGUUCUGAUUUGUCAAGAAAAGAAAUCAAAGAUGGAGUUGAAGAUUUAAUCUCCAAAAUUAAAAGACUAAAACCUUUAGUAGCUUGUUUCAAUGGCAAAGGAAUUUAUGAAAUAUUCUCAAGAUCAAAGUGUGAAAUAGGAAAUCAGCCAGAUUGCAUACCAGGGACAGAUGUUCCUGUUUAUGUCAUGCCAUCAACAUCAGGUCGUACGAUGACGUACCCUCGUGCCAGCGACAAGCUUCGGUUUUUUCAAGAACUCAAAGAGUUGCGAGAUGCGAGGAAAGCUAUGUUAGCAAAUACCGUAGCUGAAGACAACACUUGAAGAUAAAAACGUAUUUGUGGAUCGUACAACUAAACGAUGAUUGAAAAAUCAUCAUGAGUGUAGAAAAAGGCUGUAUAAAUCCUAACACAGCCGGCAACUGUUGGAUUGUGGGCACCUCAGUACUACGGACGCCCAUUAUUACGGAAACUUGAAUACAGUAAAUCCCCUCUCCCCAAAAAGAUAUUGAAAUAACUGCAAAAACAUGGCGAUUCUAUUUAUUGUGUCAUUUUAAUUAAAAUUCCUGA